CGACUGUUACCCGUCCGUACUGGGAACCUCGCCCUGAGCGAACAAAUCCUCCAAUAUCAAUCCUACCUGCCAACAAGAGAUCAUACAAAUACAAAUGACUUCCCGUCUCCAAUCCGUCCUCGCCCACCUUCAACCCGACUCUCUCACCGGCAACAAUAUGAACAAAGAGGAGCCAGAGAAACCCCUCCCGUCGUUCGAUGAGCUCCCGAAGUAUAGGAACUUUGUAGGUUGUGCGUGGGAUGUAUGGGGCCCGAACGAUCAGUUGGGGACAAUCAAUUUGUUGACGGAGGGGGUGGUGAAGAGGGGGGCGCAAGAGGAGGUUAGAACUGGCAAGACCGUCGCGUUGAACUGGCCUAUCAACUUCCCAGCUAAGCCCUUUUUCAAUCGCAAGGCACCAGAACACCGUACGUGGAUGAAGGCAUUUACUGUUCGUGAUGACGAGCUGCAUAUCAAUACUCAAUCCGGAACCCAGUGGGACGGAAUGAAGCACUUCCCGCUCAUAGAGCACGAGAUGUGCUAUGGAGGUGUCCCAGCGCGUUCGCUCCCAGACGGCCAAAUCUCCUUUAAUGGGCCGGGGACUGUCGACCCAGAGUUGAUCAAGCUUGGGAUACAUAACUGGGCCCAGCACGGAAUCUGCGGCCGUGGCGUCCUCCUCGACCUUGUCGGAUUUCAAUCAUCACAAGUCUCUUCCUCCACUACCUCCCCCUUCUCUCCGCCCUCCGCCCUCGCCAACCUCCCCUACGACCCCUGGACCUCGCACCCUAUCCAGGUCUCUGAACUACUCGCAUGCGCUCAAUCCCAAGGCGUCACGUUCCGUCGCGGCGAUAUCUUACUAAUCAGGAUGGGGUUCAUACGUAGGUUUGAAGAAGCGAGUGUGGAGGAGCGGGAAAGGCUGAGUGAAAUCGAAGUACAUGGGGGUAUCGGAGCUGGAAAGGGGGAACAGUUCGCAGGGAUUGAGCAGAGCGAGGAGAUGAAGCGGUUUUUGUGGGAUAAUCAUUUCGCGGCUGUGGCGUCUGAUCAACCUACAUUGGAGCGAUGGCCCACGCCGGAAGGAGUACCCCAUAUGCAUCAAACUCUUCUCGGGUUAUGGGGUAUGCCCAUCGGCGAGUUCUUUGACCUCGAAGCCCUGUCCGACAUAUGCGCCUCGACCAAGCGAUACACAUUCUUCUUCUCUUCGUGGCCUUUGAAUGUGCUCGGGGGUGUUGGCAGCCCACCCAACGCUGCGGCGUACUUUUAAGAGAGGAGGGUUAAGUGUAAAAUGCAGAGGAUGGGUGUUGGCUGUGGGGUGCGAAAGCGAACACGGGGAUUGUGAUCACACGAUAUUCUAACAAAAGUCUGCGUUAUGUCGACCAUGGUCGCAUAUGUAUGAUCUUUCGUAUCGUCAAGACUGUGCUGUAAAUUUAUUAUACAGGAUGGUGUCCAGAACGAGUAUGCCU